AUGGUAUCCGUCUCGCGUCACAUUGUGCUUCUCCAAAGUGAUGGCAAUUGCCGGGCUGAGGGACCAAACGACUUAGGAAAAUGCGACAUUCCACCGCUACCUGAAGGAUUGUCAUACACCCAGGUUUCUGCAGGCGAAGAUCACACCGUGCUGCUCCGAAGUGAUGGAUCUGUUGUUGCUUGUGGCAAUGCUUUUUGGGGACACUGCAACAUUCCACCAUUGGAGCAAGGAGUGCGCUACACACAGGUCUCUGCGGGCGCAACUCAUACAGUGCUUCUCCGCAGCGAUGGCCGUGCAGUUGCCUUUGGAAGAAACUUUGAGGAACAAUGCAACAUUCCACCUUUGGAUGAAGGAAUGUCUUAUAUCCAGGUCUCUGCAGGCGGGUACAAUACGAUGCUUCUUCGCAAUGAUGGUGCUGCUGUGCCUUGCAGCAGGUACGCCAAGAAAUGGAAGAUCCCUGCUUUGGAUCAUGGCCUGUCAUACACACAGAUUUCCAGCAGCAUGUAUCAUACUGUGCUUCUCCGAAGUGAUGGUACUGCCGUUGCCUGUGGCGAAAUGCGCCCCGGGGAUGAUUAUGGUGGUCACUUCAACAUUCCACCUCUAGAGGAGGGAAUGUCAUACACACAAGUUUCUGCAGGCGCAGAUUGCACGGUGCUGCUCCGACGGGAUGGUCGAGCUUUGGCUUGUGGAGACAACACAAAUGGACAAUGCAAUAUUCCACCCUUGGAUGCGGGAACAUUUUACACUCAGAUUUCUGCAGGUGAGCAGGGCACACUGCUUCUCCGAAGUGAUGGCUGCGCUGUUGCUUGCGGAGCGGGCUUUGAUGAGCAUGGCACCUUUCUUCAGCCAGAGCCUGGAAUUUGCUACGUCAGUGAGUUUACGACCCUUGCCGAAGACCUUGUCUUGCAACUAGAUCUUGUUUGCGAGGAUCAUGCAGUUGUGCUCACGUGCUUGGGCUUGGCUGGUGAAGAAGUGCUGCGCUUGAAUGUGAUUGACUCUGAGCUCGCCUGGGAUACUCACAAGCGCAUUGCGCGUGAAUUGAAUUUUGCUCUCGCAAGGCUUCGAUUGGUCUUGCCUGAUGGACAGUUGUUGGCCGAAGUCUGCCGCGGAAAUCCAGGAUUGAUUGUGGCAGCGGGGCCCAACGUGGACUCGGUGGUGCUCAGUCGCUUGCGUCUGCGCAGCACGCAUGGUGGUGCAGCCCUCUUGCUGGCUGGCGGCUGCAGCAUCGAACGAUGUGAGGUGGACACUGGCGGUCAGGGAGUAGGUGUAGAAGUCACCGCAUCGACGUCACGUUUGGUGCGGCUACUGCGCUGCGUCGUGCGCGACUGUGAGGUGGGUGUUUCAGUGGCUGGUGCCACAGCCGCACUACUGGAGGGCACCCAUAUCGAGCGCUGCCGAUGUGCUGUGUCCCUCACGGGCCUUGAUGUACAGGAGGGCUGGUGCGACGUCUUGCAGUCCUUAGCAACUGCAUCCCUGGCAUUGAAUGAGGUGGACCUGAAACUUCGCGGCUGGAGCGUGCUUGAGAAGGCAGGCGCGAUUCGACGAGCUCCUGCAACGGAGGAGAUCUCCGUGAGUGGCUGGCCCCUUGAGGACUGCAACGUGGUGGUGCCAACGGAUCGCGGCCCCGUGGUGCUGCACAUCAAUGCCGGAAAGGUGAAUGCCACGUUGUGGGAUGACGAGGCCGGAGAGGACAGCGAAGGUGCUCAGGCGGACUCCUUCCAUGAAGUGGACAUCUCAGGCGCGCCUGAGAUUGACGUGACAGUGGUGAUUGGCGUCGCGGUGUCGCAGCGUUACAGCCUCAGAGUCAGCCAUUGGUGCCAGUUUGGAGGUGUCACCUUUCAAUCCUUAGCAGGGAUCAGGGAGAGCACCCAGCGCAGCCCUGCGAAAAAGGUUGCGGAUGUCACUGAGGCUUUGUGGAUGGUCAGAUCCGCUCCCCACACAGAGGAACUUCGAAAAGAGUCACGUGACCAUGGGGAGAUGCGGCCGGACCUUAAGACACCUGGGGUGGCAGCUGGGGAGCUGAAGACUCAGCUGGUAGCCCUGGUAGCAGGCGGUGGUCACACAGUGCUUCUCCAAAGUGAUGGGACUGCUGUGGCUUUCGGAUGGAAUGGGGCCGGGCAAUGCGAAAUUGAGCAGUUGCCUGAUGGAACCUUAUACGCCCAGGUGUCUGCGGGUAGCACCCAUACAGUUCUUCUCCGGAGUGAUGGCUGUGCUGUUGCCGUUGGGGACAAUAAGAAUGGACAGUGCAACAUUCCACCACUGGAUGCAGGAAUGUCCUACACUCAGGUGUCGGCCGGCUAUAUGCACACAGUGCUUCUCCGGAGUGAUGGCUCUGCUGUGGCUUGUGGUUUAAAUAAUCUGGGACAAUGCAGCAUUCCAUUGGUAGAGGAAGGAGUUGCCUACACCCAGGUUUCUGCAGGAGGGGGUCAUACGGUGCUUCUCCGAAGUGAUGGCUGUGCUGUGGCUUGCGGAAUGAACGAAGAUGGCCAAUGCAACAUUCCACUUUUGGGUGAAGGACUGUCAUACACGCAGGUUUGUGCAGGUUAUCGUCAAACAUGGCUUCUCAAAAGUGACGGCAGUGUUAUUGGUUGUGGGGAUACUAAAUAUAGAGUGCUGGACCUUCCAACUUUGGAUGACGGAGUAUUUUACAUGCAAGUUUCUGCCGGCCAGUCUCAUGCAGUGCUUCUCCAAAGUGAUGGCUGUGCUGUUGCUUGUGGCAGAGAUAUCGAGAACCAAUGCACCAUUCCUCCUUUGACUGAAGGACUGACAUACACCCAGGUUUCUGCCGGUCACAAUCACACACUGCUCCUUCGAAGUGAUGGCAGUGUUGUGGCUUGUGGCGCUAAUGAUGAAAAGCAAUGCAGCAUUCCUGCUUUGGAACCUGGGAAACUCUAUAUUGGGGAUGUCCGAGCGAGGGCUUUUCAAGUGACUUUUGAUUGUACAGAUGAAGGGGUCAUCCUGACCUGUUGGACUUUGGCCGGGCAAAAAGUCUUGCCCUUGACCACCUCCUUGUCUGAUUUGGCCUGGUACAGUCACAGGCGCAUCGCACAGGAACUCAAGGUUAGCCUUCAGAGUCUGGAGGUGAUUUGCCUCGAGCUGCAAAAACGCCUCUCGGAUCCUGAGAUCUUGCGCACGCAGUUCCUGUGUUUUCGCGCGAAGUUCGCGGCACCGCUGUUGGGGCUUGUGGUUGCUGGUGUUUCGAAACAAAGCUCCUCGGUUGGUGAUGGAGAUCGUCGCGCCGAGUUCGAAGAAGCGGCUGGGGAACGCCAAAAGCCUCCAGAUCUUUCGAACGAUGUGCGAGGAGGCAUACGUGCCGAGCGCGAACGCCAAAAACCCGGCGCCGUGGUUUUAGCGGAGGUCAGGCGAUGGCCGCAGCAGCGCUUUCACCGCAUGGACAACGUCGAGCCAGUGACUUGGACGUUCAUCAACGGCUUAAAUCACGAGGAGCAUUCGCUGAACAUGGUGGAGCCAGGUCUCUUGUUUUGGUCUUUCAGGGCCACGAAGAGACUGAGGACAGUGUUAGAGCUGGGUCCGGAUGCAGAGAUUACCUUGUUUUUUAACGAGGUGCUCUUCUACGCCAAGCCCUGGCAGACGCUGAACACGUCGUCGCUGUCCUUUCCGCAGCGUUUGCACGUGGCGCAUGGCGCAGCCACGGCUCUCUGGAACCUCCACAGCUUGGGUGUUACCUUUGGCCGCUGGGAAGACGGUGUUGGCUUGGCGGCGGAUGGAAAGGUGGAAUUGUUGGGCGUCGCGAUCCGCGCGGGAGAUCCACUGGAAAUCAGCGAGGACUUGCAAGGUCUGGCUCUUCUGCUGCUGAGGUUGCUCAGCGGCGGCAAUCAGGAACUGGAAGAUGCACUUUGGAUCGCUUGCAGCGGAGAAGAAUCGAAGCAGAGACUCGAUGUGCGCCAUGGAAUGGGAGGGGAUGGUCCAAGAUUUCCCAAGAGAUCCCAGGAGAGUGACACGUUUUUAGCGAAGUCAGCAUUGAAACACCGCAAGGUGGCACCUGGCGAGGCGGUCCGCUUUAGCGAUCAACAUGAUGAGGUGAGUUGCGAGGACAUUUCCUUUUGGUUCUUGGGGGUCGCCGGUGUGGUGCUGAUGCUGGUCAGUUGGCGCGGACACGACGUCCGCUUCCUAGUGGCUGGAGUGCUGUGUUAUUUUUUGUACUUGACCGAAAUGUGCUGUAGCAAACCUUGCUCGUACUUGACCAACAUUCAGAGUGAGAGCAAAUUUGCAGAAUACAUCCAAAAACUGCAGAAGGCAUCACCAAUUAUUGAGUUUCAUAUUCAGAACUAUCAUCAUGAACACCGCAAGGAUGGUAAGAAGACUCAUACCAAGCGGGUAAACACUCACAGCGCUUCUGCAACGUUCCCUAUGACUGGCUUCUCUGAUGAGACGCUGUCUCCCGAUCAAACAAUUGCGAUGUUUCACUUGCUGUACCACAAAGGGGUGAAGGAGGAACAGGGCUUACUGCAUGAGACGGUGAUCCAGGCAGACACUGGCGAGAAGAAACUGAUCUUGACCUGUCGCUUUCCAUUGUCUUUUCUCCCGCGAGAUGCAGAGACUGAAGCUCAGUUGUCGCGCUUCAGGGAGGACUUCUGUCGGCGGAACACCACGGACAUCAUGCAGGAGAAAAAAGAAAAGAUCCGAUUGGAUUUUCCACACCGCCAAUUUGCCAUGGUCGUCAUGAGCUCUGCUGGCAGCGGGGAUACUGAGACCCCCUGGUGGAUGAGUUGGACCUGGCAUGUUCUGAGCCACUUGUGUUUUCUUGGGCUGCCAUUUCGAAUGUACUUGUAUUCGAACACUCAAAAGGUGGUUUGGCACGUUCGGAAGCACUUCUCAGUCUUGCCACAACAGCAAUGGCAGAGUAUUCCUAUGAAGUCUUGGCAACAUUCCAAGUCCUCCAUGGUGUCCUCCGUGGCGCGCAUGACACCGGCUGUGCGUAUGGAGUUGGAGCCCGGUGGAGUCCUGCAGAUGGUGGAGAAGGGUGACGCAGUGAGUCUGGACUUAGAGGCCAUGAGUGGAUCGAUGGCUGUGCUACUUCCCAACUACUGGAACGUUGCAGAGUCCAGCCAGGACUUUUGUUCCAUGGAGAUGCUGGAUUCCAGCGAUGCCAUGCAGAGCCGAAUUCAGCAUCUUCUUGACGAGUGUUUUGUGAUGAAAUCCACUCGCGAUCGUGGGGGGAAGAUGCCUUGCCGAUUGGUGGUGGAGAUGAUUCAGCGCUUGGAACAUCAUGCGUUGUGGAAACGCUACCUGGAGAAGCGGCGGAUGAUCCAAUUGAAACGAGGAGAAGUCACUGCGGUCGAAGACCUGGAAGGAAGUGGUGCAUGCAAGACCACAAAGGCCUUGGGAGGAUUGAACCAACGUCUCGAAUCCGAAGUCAACGAACUGUACCUCUUCCAUGGAUCCAGUCCUGCUGGUGUCCUGGGGAUAGGACAGCAUGGCUUCGACCUGCAGAUGUCCGGAGCCACAGGUUGCAUGUUUGGUCCCGGCGCCUAUUUUGCAGAGGCAAGCAGCAAAUGCGACGAGUAUGCACGCGAGGAUCCCAGCGGUCUCUUCUCCGGAAAAUGUGCCUUGCUUCUGUGCCGCGUCAGCUGUGGUGAGCUCUUCCGACUGGAAGAGUCCGAUGUGACGGCCAUCCAGCGAGCGAUGGGGACAGGCCACUACGAUGGUGUGUUGGGUGAUCGCGAACGAGCGGCGGGAACUUAUCGCGAGUUCGUUGUCUAUGAUGAAGCACAAGUCUAUCCUGAGUACAUCAUCAUCUACCGACGUGAGUUCAAGGUCUGUCGACUCCUGGCUGACCUGGCUGUGGAGCUAUUGAGAGCUGAGGCUGGAAGUCAUGAGAAGACCUUGCAAGCAACUGUAACCAGCCUGGCCAGGUUAAUGAGAGACCAUGAAGUUGAAGCAGAUCCCGUGGCAGGACCAGCCAACGCCAAGCGCGCCAAGCGGCCAGACUGCGGCCGAGGCGGCGGCCGUGCUUGGACGCUGCUACGGCACGUGUUGAGAGCUUGUUGGGCCUUGCAACGAGGCCUGGAAGCCUUGUGCUGCGUGUGUUUGGAGGCAUCCCCCAAGUCCUUGGGUUUGCUGUGCGCUCGCCCCCAUGGUCUCUAUCAGCUGCUCUGCGGUGAUUGCCUGGAGCCCUACGUGUGCAGUUUGAUCGGCACGGCGGAGCUUCGGCGCUACGAAGGAGGAAUUCUGUGUCCUGCCUGUGCCUGUGCCGAUGGGGAAGGCACCAUCUUUUCCCGCCCAGAGGUCCAGGCAAAGCUGGCUGGCACGGCACUGCGCCGUUUCGUGGAAGCCACCGAUCCGGUGAGUGCGGCUGACCCUGAGGAGGAGACGGGCGAGGACGAAUGGGCUGUGCUUGUGGAGGACCUUGUGUCCAGGUCGGUGCGCUUGGUGACACAUGCGCGCGUGUCGGAGAACGAUGAACCGAGAGAAGUACGUAAAAGCAAAGAUGUGCUGCCACAUACCUGGCUUCUUUGUGAUGGACAGGCAGACUAUAUUCAGUACGAUCCGCAGCAGAUGCGCUUGCGGCAGCACAUGUCACCACGACUCUUCCAGCUACAGGUGGCGGAAUGCCUCACGAUGCAUUGCCCCAAGUGCCACUGUCCACUGGAUCCCGAUCCCGAUGGCUGUGUGGCCAUGUCCUGUCUGGCCUGCAACGAAGGUUUCUGCUGGGUGUGCUUCACCUGUUGCGGCGACGAUGCACACCAACACGCCCUGGAGAUACAUGGCGGCUACUUCCCCGGACAGGACUUUGUGCAGGCCUGGCAUCGCAAGCUACGUUGGGAGCGAGUCCAACUCAUUCUACGACAACUGCUGGAGGAGUCCCAGAAUGAUGCGCUGGAAGGGAGCAAAGGUCUCUUGAAAGAUUUGAAUCUUUGGCCUUUCCCCAGCGAGAGCCCGGAUGUGCCAGACUGCUCAGAACAGGUGCUCAAUGUACACGGUGAGCCUUGGGGUCCCAUCAAUUUGCACCUUGCAGCACGCCUGGGACGUAUGCAGGAGCUGCAAGAGGCUUUGGAGGAGGAAGAUGUGAAUCUUCAGGAUGAGCGAGGUAUGACUGCACUGUGCUAUGCGUCUCACGAAGGACGAAUGGAGGCUAUUCGGUUUCUGAUGGACCGUGCAGCAGAUCCAAACUUAGCGGAUUUCCACGGGGUGACGCCAUUGCACUAUGCCUGCAGGGAGCCACCUUUUAACAUCCAGGACGAUGUGGCAGGUUUUCUGCUCAGUUAUCCUCAGGUGGACGCCAACCAACGCGACGACAGUGGCGCCUCCGCCAUCUUGGUGGCCGCCGAGGUGGGGCGGCACCAGGUGAUGCGCUCGCUCUUGGCGUGUGAACGCCUGGAUCCCAACCUGACGAAUUUCGCCGGACGGACGGCCCUGCUGGUGGCCUGCGGCUUUGAUCAUACGGAGGUGGUCAUGCAGCUGCUGCGCAGCGAAAGGGUCCACGUGACGCUUCGUGGACAGCACGGUGAGACGCCUCUGCACAUGGCCGCCCUGCGGGGUGGAGUAGAAGUGCUGCAGCUCUUGCUGGCGCAUCCUCAGAUGGAGCUGAAUGUGGUGAACGAUCUGGGCCGCUCCGCACUGCAUGAAGCGGCCAGUCUGGGAGCUCACCAGGUGGUGCGAUGCCUCCUCAGUGCAAAUGUGCUGGUGGAUCAGCGUGACAAGAAGGGCUGCAGCCCACUGAUGUUGGCAGCGAUGAAUGGCUCCUUUGAGGCCUUUGAAGCGCUGCUGCCGCUCUCCCAGCACUUGGUCAACGACAGGGACUCAGAGGGCUUCACCGUCCUAAUGCGGCUCGCUGCGCGAGGAGCUACUAAAGGUCUGAUGGCCCAUGCCUGUUUGCAAUUGUUACGCAUGGAGUCAGGUGUGGACAUCGAUGCGCAGAACGCAGAGGGAAGUACAGCAUUGAUGUUGGCCAUCGGCAAUGGAUGCGUUCCCAGUGCAGAAGACCUUCUGGCCUGGGGUGCCAGCACCACGCCCCACGACCUUCGCGGUGAAACGGCCUGGACGCUGGCGUCGCGCUGUCGCCCGGCGGCCUUUCGACACUUCCGCAGCUUACUACCCCGCGAAGAGCCUGCAGCGGGUGCCCCGCUGCUUUUCGAUGGUCUGCUGGUGUUGCCGGUGGAACGUGCGAACCGAACGUUGCUGGCAGGUGGUGCCCUGGAGUUGUCGAACCCUACGAUGCUAACAGUGGAGUUCGAAAGUCGAACCCUUCAGAAGUGGAAGGAAGCAGGCUACAUGCUCUUCCAGCGCGAGACUUUCUACCAGCAACAUGAGGACUGCACUCAUGAGCUAGAGAUUCAGAGAGUGAAUGGACAAAUUUUUGUCAAUCAGGAGCUGCUGAAUGACGAUUCGAUCAAGUUGAGGAGCUGCAAACACGUGCGCCGGCUGACGGAUUGGCAAAAGGACGGUUGGUUUUUCAGCACCGAUGGACGCAAACUUUGCCACGUGGGGGCAAGGAAAACAGCGGCACCUGUGCUGGAAGAGCAGGCGUCGGAGUUCGAGAUUGCCCAGGUGGCCCUGGAGGAGUUCCUGGAUAUGUUUAGCGGAUGA